AUGUUCUCCACACUCGGGAAUGGUAGCAGGCGAGUGCGAGAGAGCCUACUGGAUAAUGUGGACCCCGCAGACCCCAAACCUAGCGACGAUGAGCCUGUGGAAGAGCCCAGCACGCAGCCCGCAUCUACCAGAGGGCCUGAAGCUACGUCUAACAAUGGCUGGGGCAAUGGCACCCAGAAUGGGACAAGGGAGAGCUCAGCGGAGCCUGGAACGAGAUCAGGGACCUCUGGAUGGGACAGCAGCAGCAAAGCUACGGAUGACAAUGGCUGGUCAGGCAAGGCAGAGGAAGAAGCACAGUCAGGUAGGGCUGCAAGAGCAGCUGGCGAUGGGCAGGGGGAGGCAGGGGAAGGUGCAUGGGAAGAGGAAGACAGCCCGGACAUUGUCGAGCUGCGACCAGAAGAAGUGGCGCUGAUGCUGCCGGCCACGCCGACAGCGGAGCAGAUCCAGCACUGCAGCGGUGACUCAGCGGUGCUGUGGCAGAGGCUGGGGAUUUCACUUCUGGUGACGUUGGCCACUCUCAAAGUCAGCGCCCUGGCAGCUGGCAGCCUCACCUUCCCCCUGUGGUACCCCUCCCUUCAAGCCACGCUACGCAACAGGAACGUACGCGCCAAGUUCAGGCACGUGGGCCUGUGGAGGGCGGCAGUGGUGGAUCUGGAGGUGGAUGUAAAGGUGGAGCAGCGGUUCCGGGCGCCCCGGGAUCGCGGUCCGGUCGGCGCGCAGUCGCGCGUUCUGCGGCUGCUGGUCGGCGACGGCAGCGGCGCGCGCAGCGAGCUCUCUGUCCCCUAUCACCAGCGGUAUGACGCCAUCAGGGUGGGCGAGCCUGCUGAGGUGCUGGUCCUUUCGAAGAGGAGGACGUUUGAAACCUUUAAGGCAUUGAAGGAGGUGUAUCUGCCAGAGUGUGGGGUGUGGGUCUCAGACUACCCGUACCUCAAUCGAGAGGCGUUCCUGGAUGUCAGCCUAGAAGUGGAGCGGGAGCGCCAACAGGAAAUGGCAGAGACCGUGUAG